AUGGUCUUCUACUCCCUUGUGCUCGUGAUGAAGCCACGUCCGCGAAAGUACACGUCGCAGGCGCUGCGUGAGAUCGCCGUGAACAUCUACAACCACGGCGGGCUAAUCCGCAAGUUCUCCAACGAGGGUAUCCUGCGCCCCUACAGCCGCUACCGUGAUGCUGACAACACUGUCAUCACGUACGCGCGCUACGUCACGCUGCAAGUGGACCUGGGCGAAGAGCAAAUGAGCAAAGUGGAGAAGAUCAUCCGCGAACACGCCGAUGUGAACAUCACGCUACGGCUCAACAACUUAGAGCGGCCGCCUGGGGUGAAGCACAACCAGAAGAACGCCGCUGCCUACUUUCCACUGGACACCUUCACGCGGCUGGAGGAGGAGAUCAACUGGCCGCCGCAGGUGUCCGGCGACGUGUACGAGCAGCUGGAUAUGAAUUGGAAGGAGUUCUCCCGUACGCGCUGGUCUAACUACCUCCGCAACUAG